AUGGCAGUGGAAGAAGAACGGUGGUCAUAUAUGCCUCAUGACCUGCUAUCCAAAAUUGCGGAUGAGCUAGAGCUCAUGGACUUUCUCAGUUUCCGAUGUGUCUGCAAAGACUGGCACAUUGCUUCUUCAAAAGUCUCACAUGAAGAUAAAUCUUCUAAGUGUGAACCUUGGUUCCUCGUUUACGAAGGAGAAGGUUCUCAGUGUUCGUUGUUGAGCAGCAAGCAUAAACGCUACAUCAGCCAUAUCCCAGAACUGGAAGGGGCAGAAUGCCUUGCAUCGUGUGAAGGAUGGUUACUUCUGUUUCGUGAGGGCUCUUUGUUCUUUUUUUGCCCAUUUUCAAAGGCAAAAAUAGAUCUUCCAAAUUGUCCAAUCGGCGAAGUAACUGACCACGUUGCAGCAUUUUCAUCUGCUCCCACUGGUCAAAAUUGCACUGUUGUUGUGCUUAACUGUUUGAGUAACUUUGAGUUACAACUUUUCAUGAUUUGCAGGGGAGAGAAGGCGUGGACCAGGCACUCCUAUGAGGGUUUCAAUUUUAUAACAAUGAGGACAGCUUUGUUCUACGAAGGGGAUGAGUUUCACUUUUUGGACGGGGAAUAUGGUUUGGUUAGCUUCCGUUCUAAAAGCAGUGAAUGGAAGAGAUAUUAUGUGACUCGAUCAACAGCUCCUUCCCCGAAUGCGGUAGUUUUGAAGUACAGGAUAAGUGAGAACUUUUUUCAACACCAUAAUAAUAAUGGUGAAGUGACAUUCUUAGAGGCAAAUGAUUCAAUUUCUACUGUGGGAACUACAGUUCAACGAGAUACUGGUAAUUAUGACUUGUUAAUUGGGAAUGAAAGCAUAAAGGCGCCCAAGGAAUCUGAAAGCCGUCAUUUUAAAGGAGUAUGGAUCAAACCUAAAUAUUGCUAUGUUCCUCCAGAUCAGACAUGGUAA